UCUGCCGGUGGGGUUUAAAUUGCUUUUUUCAACUGGUGUCCUAAAAAAAUACUCUCCCCAAAAAUCAUAAAAUGGCAAAACGGCGAUCCAAAAGUACAUCUGUGUGGCAAGAGUCGGAUGAUUUAAUAGAUGAUAAGCUCAAGACAUUCGACGACGAAACCGAAAUCGGCCAGGUAGCAUCUUCGGAAUGGGAAUCCGAAAAACAAAAUUGUGCCGUAACAGAGCGUAAAUGUAAACCGAAGCUAGUUACCCCAUUGUUACAAAAACGAAAAGCAGGUAUUAUUUAUAUCUCCACAAUUCCCAAACAUAUGAACGUGACAAUCCUGCGGGAGCUGUUAGAGCCGUACGGCGAAGUUGGUCGAAUUUACUUGCUGCCCGAACGGAAAGAAGGAAAAAUUCGCAAAAAGACUGCUAAAGGUAAACGAGCGAUGGUUCGCUACACUGAAGGCUGGGUAGAGUUUAAGAGGAAACGGAUCGCCAAAGCCGUCGUGCAGCAUCUCAACACCCGGCCAAUUAGCACAAAAAAGAAGUCCGUUUUUUGCGAUAUCCUGUGGAGCAUGAAAUAUCUGCCACGAUUUAAGUGGAUCCAUCUCAGCGAAAGAUUAGCUUACGAAAGAGCCGUAUUUAAGCAGAAAUUGCGUACAGAGAUCGCUCAAGCCCGCAAGGAAGCUAGUUUCUUCCAAAGCAACCUAGAUCAAAGUGAGGCAGUUAGAAUAAAAAUGAAAAAAGCGCAGAAAGAAGCCAAAAAAAUAUAA